AUGUCAUCUCCUGCGAACACCACCAAUGCUUCUGAUGCCGACGAGGCUACCUCCAAUAACAAUGAGACUACUGAGCCCCUCAGCGUGACCUUUGCAGGCCCUCCCACUCAAUAUCGGAAGGGACGAUCUUCUCGACCUCAUGCCAUUGACAUUGGCUGA